GCGACGUUUCCGGUCACGUGGUCAAAAUCUUUUCAGAUGGCGCGGAAAGUUAACGCUUGUUGAUGAGCUGUCAGUGUAACUCAGAGAUGUGGAAUCCUUUGAUAUGAAGAUCUUCUUCGCAUUGGAAAUUAUUUGUGGAGAUUAUUUAACUUCCAAGACGCUUAGAGGAGAGUCUUGAAUCUGCUGCUUUUGAAUGAAGUUGGGAUUAUUGUCACUGACCGGGUGCGCUCGUGCACGUUGCAGCUUAUUGCCAUAGAAACGUGUCGAACAUGAGUCCACAGAAGCUCACGGUGGAGUCAGGAGCUUUAGAAGUGCGGUUUGUUGGAGAUAAUGAUGUCCUGGAUCACAUUGUGGAGAAACAUGAAGGGUCAAAAGCCCCACCGAGUUCAAUUCAAUCUCUUGUAAGCUUGAAGAGUCCUAGAAAGCCAACAGUAGGCCCUGCUGUAGAGGAAGAGGAGGAUGAGGAUGGUGUUUUUAAUGAGAAGAACUAUGUAGAGGCACUCGGCACUUGCACACAAGAUGGAGAUGAGAAGGCAUCAGCCACUGCAGGAGCCUCUGUGUUCACGUUCCAGACUAUUAAACGUGCCAAUAAAAUGGCACAAGUGGCAUCAGAAUGGGCACGCACUCCUGGAAAAAGUGUAACGUUUAGCACUCCUGAUAGUCCAGAGGAGCCACCUAGUCCUGCUCCUGCAUCCAAGAAGGUGAACAAAACGCCACAAAAGGGGAAGAAAGUACAGUUUGUUUCCACGACCCCACACAGACUGAGAAAGAGAAUAUCAGCUCCUAAUCUGAAGUCAGACAGUGACAGUGAAUUCUCCCCCUCAAACUCUGAGGAGGAGGAGGAGGACGAACAUAAAGAAGAGGAGGAAGAAGGAGAAAAGAGUAAAGCUCAGCCAAAAACCCCAAGCAAGUCGUCUACAGCAGCUGCAGCACUUUACAAGACACCAGCCAAGAAGUGCAAGAAAGUGCCUGAGCCAAACCUGGUGGAGGAGUACUUUGAAGCUCACAGCAGCUCGAAGGUUCUCACAUCAGACCGAACCCUUCAAAAGCUCCAGACCCCAAAACUGGAUCGGGAAACUCUUUUGAGGUUGCUGGGUGGAAAGCCCUCCUGUUAUACAGAUGAGAUCACUCAGCUCAAUAAAAAACAUGAGAAGAAUUUCAGCAAAUGGAUGCUGCAGUUACAGAUGGGCUUCAACAUACUGCUGUACGGCCUGGGCUCGAAGAGGCUUUUACUGGAGAAGUUCCGCUCUAUAAUGCUGUCAGAUUCACUGCACUUGGUGGUCAACGGCUUUUUCCCAAGUAUCACCCUCAAAUCGAUCCUAAAUGCCAUCACCAGUGAGAUCCUGGAGCAUGAUGGGAGUUUUCGCACCCCAAUGGACCAAAUAGAAUUCAUUGUGAAAACCCUUAAACAAGACCCGGACAACCACAUCUACCUGAUCAUCCACAACAUCGAUGGCCCAAUGCUGCGUGGCGAGAAGAACCAGCAAGCCCUUGGGCAGCUGGCCUCCAUUCCCAACAUGCACCUGCUCGCCUCCAUAGACCACAUCAAUGCCCCUCUUGUGUGGGACCACUCGAAGAUGUGUGUGUUUAACUGGCUGUGGUAUGAAACGACCACCUUCCUGCCAUACACUGAAGAAACUUCAUAUGAGAACUCUCUUUUGGUGCAGCAGACAGGAGCACUGGCUCUUAGCUCGCUCACACACGUCCUACGCAGUCUCACACCAAACGCCAGGGGGAUCUUCAGACUACUGGCUGAAUUCCAGCUGGAGAACAAAGACAAUCCCUCGUAUACAGGUUUGUCUUUUCAAGAUUUUUACCAGCGUUGUCGUGAGGCCUUCCUGGUAAACAGUGACAUCACGCUGAGGACUCAGCUGACAGAGUUCAGGGAUCACAAGCUGAUCCGUACCAAGAAGGGUGCUGAUGGGAUAGAAUACCUUCUGAUCCCUGUGGAUGCAGGAACUCUCACAGACUUCCUAGAGAAAGAGGAUGCUGAGUAAUCGGGGCAGAAAAAAGAUUACAAGUACUGUUGGAUGACUGGAUACCUGUCAUCGGGGCACUGUUUACUGCACCUGUUCUAAUUACUGUGAACAGGAAGCUGUGUAGUUCAGAGGUUCAGUUCAGUAGGACAAAACCAGAUGUAAUUCAGUUUUCAUGCACUGUAGAAGUCCAACUAAAAUGUAAUCAUGAACAUGUUUUGUAAACUGUAUGUACCAUAUAUAGAUAUGUAAUAAAUGUGAUGCAUUGCAAUUUA